UUGUUCCUGUUCGGAGGCUCAGCUCAGUGGUGAAAAUGGAGGGUUCUCUGCAAAUUCCCGCCUUCAAUCUACUUCCUUCAUCUCUUGAUUUUGCUUCGGUCGAAUCCAGAAACGUUCCCGCUGUAUUUAUUGGAUGCAUCAAGAACUGGAGAGCUUUCUCCAAUUGGAAUCCCUCCAAUGGCGGCCUCGAUUACUUGCAGGAAAGAGUGGGUUCGUCCACAGUAGAGGCUAUGCUAUCGAGGUCUGCUCCAGUAUUUUAUGGCGAUCUUAGAAGCCAUGAAAGGGUUCCCUUACCAUUUUCUGCCUUUAUUGGUUUUUGUAAGCAACGCCUCCAAGACAAAGAUGUUGGUGGCAGAGUUUGUUUUGAAUCAGAAAGGCAUGGACUGGCAGGGUCUGAGGCAGAACAAUCCAAUUCGCUUUUAGGAGAUGCUCCUCAACAAAUUUAUUUAGCACAGGUACCAAUUAUGAAUGUGGAGAAUGAUGAUAAAGUUCAACUGGCAACUUUGAUAGAAGACAUUCAAACGCCUGCAUUUUUGGAGACAAAAACACUUGCUUCUAUUAACUUAUGGAUGAACAGUGCUCAAGCUAGAUCAAGUACUCACUACGAUCCACACCAUAAUCUUCUAUGCAUAAUUGCUGGCUGCAAGCAAGUUGUUUUAUGGCCCCCUUCUGCAAGUCCCUUGUUAUAUCCAAUGCCUAUAUAUGGAGAGGCCUCAAACCAUAGUUCUGUGGCUUUAGAGGAACCUGAUUUUUCAAUUCAUCCAAGAGCCGAACACUCAAUGAAGCACUCUCAGAAGGUUAUUCUUCAUGCAGGGGAUGCACUGUUCAUUCCUGAAGGCUGGUUCCAUCAAGUGGAUAGUAAUGAUCUGACUAUUGCUGUUAACUUCUGGUGGCGGUCAAACAUAACGUCCAGCCUGUCAGAACACAUGGAUGCAUAUUAUUUGAGGAGAAUAUUGAGGAGAUUAACUGACAAAGAAAUGAAUCAACUGCUAGGUGAGAAUUCUGCUGGUAUGGAGAAAAUGGAAAAGCAUUCAUGUGAGCUGCCUAAUAAUGGAGAAUCAGAUAAUCAUGAAAGUGAUUUGGAUCAGAAGUGUGCGAGCAAGGAUUUAAAAGGGAGUAAGCUAAAGCAGAGGAUUAUGUUGCAUGAAGUGGAACCCCUUGCACUGCAGGCACUUCACAAGCUUGUUGCUUUAGUCCAUGACUCAGUUAAGGUUGCUGAUCGAACUGAACCAGUGCACUCCACUUCAGGAAAUGAUUCUGAUGUUAAAGUGAAAAGUGAACAAAAGAGAAUUGUGGCAAGCAAUCUAUUUCAUUUAGAAGAUGACCCGCUCUCUAAAAUUUUGUGGACCCUCGAGCCACUUACACUUCAGAAUGUCUUUCUUGCCAUGGUGCACAACUUCCCAAGAACUUUGGAGGCUCUAAUAUUACACUUGCUUUCACCGGUAGGGGCUGAAGUCCUAACACGGAAAUUUGAGGAAAUGGAUCAACAUAUCACUGAAGAAGAAAGGAAUGAAUUCUACCAGCUUUUUUAUGGUGUAUUUGAUGACCGAUUUGCUGCAAUGAAAGCAAUCUUAAAUGGGAAAGAGUCAUUUGCACUCCAGGCAUUCAAGAAUGUAUUGGAUCAAUAUCUGGGAGUAAAUUAUGAUGGCCCAAAACCAUUGGUUGGGUGAGAUAUACGCUGACACAAACUUCUCUAAAGAAAUUGGUCCCGCCAGUAACCACAAGAGAGCAAAUCGAUGCAUGUCCCCAGAAGAUGCUUUUGUCUCAAUUGGUACUUUUACAUGUGAGUCAUCCACAGAAUUGUAGAGUAUGAAUCAUUGCUAACUUUAGAUGGUGCUGUAUUUCUCAGUUGAGUACGUGCUAUCUGAGCCAUGCUACAUGAUCUGCAAUGCUAGUCCAUUCAUUAUUUGAUGUUC